AUGCCUCCCAAGCGCAAGCCUGAAGCUGCCUGGAACCCGUGGUUCUUUACUUGCGACCCUCCUGCUGGAAACAAUUACCUGGCCAUAACUCCUGUCAAUGCCACAAUCGCAACUUCCUUAGUGUGGCGAAAACUCGAGUCUCCGAUCGGUAGUCUCUACUGCGAAGUCCAGUUUGCCGAUGAAAUUCAGAAUGGUCAGACUCGCAAGAAAGUUGCUCAGGCCUUCUGGCAGGCUAUCGCAAGAGGCAAUGUCCUUCAAGUCCUCCAAGAUCAUACCAAGACUGGCUUGUUCAAGCGUCGCGUUUUCGUCUAUGCCGGUUAUCAGGGUGCUUUUGGAUCCCUGGCUUGGAAGCUUGCUAGUCGCAUGCAGGCUGGCGCCGCCUUGGCUGUCCAUGGCCUUGGUGGUCGCAAUGCUGUCCCUUGCGAAUGCUGCGAAAAGGGUUGGCAGGCUGUCCGGGCUGGGCCUGAUCAGGAGUUUGGAUACAUGGGUCGGGUAAAGGGCACCAAAGAGCGAAGAGCCAGCGGCGGCGGCGUCCCCUCAAGCAUUCCUAACAAUAUCUCUUCUAUCGAUUCCACGCAGUUCUUUCGGUCUGACCUUAUGAAACUUAUCAAGGAUCAGUAUAAGGGGCUUUCUAAGAAGGAGAGAAAGUCGCCUGGUAUCUUGGAUGGCUCUAUCUGGGUGCAGGAUAGUAUUGACUGGAAGACGGAGGGUGAUGAUGAGGAUUCGGACUAG